UUCAGAAGAUUUUGUAAUGCCUGAUCCAGCCAAGACCGCGCCCAAGAAGGGCUCCAAGAAAGCUGUUACCAAGACAGCAGGCAAAGGCGGUAAAAAGAAGCGAAAGACCAGGAAGGAGAGCUACGCCAUCUACGUGUACAAAGUUCUCAAGCAGGUGCACCCCGACACCGGCAUCUCUUCCAAGGCUAUGAGCAUCAUGAACUCUUUCGUCAACGACAUUUUCGAGAGGAUCGGCGGUGAGGCCUCCCGCCUGGCGCACUACAACAAGCGCUCCACCAUCACCUCCAGGGAGAUCCAGACCGCCGUGCGCCUCCUGCUGCCCGGAGAGCUGGCUAAACACGCCGUGUCUGAGGGCACCAAGGCUGUCACUAAAUACACUAGCUCCAAGUAAACUGCGCCUGCGCGUUCAUCCCAAAACAACGGCCCUUCUUAGGGCUACCCACUUCGGUAAAAGAGCUUUGCUUUUAUUAUACAUUUCCGUAUGAUGUGCCGAUACGCGAAUAUAUGAGCGGGGGUUUUCAAACAAAGGUCUGUAUUUGAAAUUAACUGGACAUUUUGAACGUGCCUUGAGUGAUUGGCGCUGAUUGCGUUAUACUUUGACAAAUUGAAUUCUCUUCAGUUUUAAACUAACCAGUAAAAUGCCCUCUUUACCGUCACAAAACGCCGCUUAAUUCCUUGAUUUAACGUUAAGAUUUUCUAUCAAUUUUCUACUCCUAGUCUGAAAUUACAAGCCCGAACUCUGACAGAACGGCUCUUGCCCAGAGACUGUCUUCUCCAACGUCCGCAAAGGCUGCAUAAAAAUAGCGGAGCAGUGCAGCGUUUUUCCGUCCCAAAACCGGAAGAUGCUUGGAGACAUAUGUUUGAUGAUUUCCCGCGGGCCUGUUAGCGGUGACUCUGACAAUCUUCGCGAAAACUGAGAUCAUGGCUCGGCUUUCUUCCUCUAGAUGUCACUGUAGCGUACCGUUAUGUUCGGCAAAUCAGCAUUAUCAACCAUACCUCAGUUUUCAUAAUUUUCCCACCGACACAAAACUCCGAGCGCGCUGGGUACGUGCCAUUAGAAGAGAUGAGGGCGCCGAUUUCAAGAUUCUUCCUGAUAGCUCCUACGUAUGCAGUCUUCAUUUUACCGCUGAUGACAUUUACAUUACACCUAAAGGUCGUAGACGUUUGAAAAAAGGGACAAUUCCAACUAGAUUUGCUUGGAAAAACUGGGGUCAAAUUCAAAGACCUGUCCACCUAUCUGUGUACCAGAAAUCCAAGAGACAGAAGCUGGAAGCCACCAGUAUCAGAGAUGCCAUUGAGGGAGAUGAAGCAGCUGAUUGUGAAGGAGCUUCACAACCCUCUGAUCACGACUAUGCUGCCCCUUCUCCACCUGGUUCCUCUGAUUUGGCACCAGGAGAAGUAAUGAUGCUUCAGUCCUCAGCGCUACAGGAGCUGAAAAUUGCACAAAUGCAAACACAAUUAAAACAUUUCUGUGCCUCUGACAGUGAUUUUCGUUUUUACACCAAUUUCCCAUCAGAGAAGGUGUUCAUGGUGUUUUGGGAAUCUGUGUAUCCCUCAGCAUCCAGACUGGUGUACUGGACAAAGGCACAGAGGAUGGCAGACCCCUUGACCACCAGUACUCUCCACAGUCUGACACUAAUUGAUGAAUGUUUUCUUUUCUUCUGUCGCAUCGCAGCUGGUUUAAAGGAAAAGGUGCUUUCAUCAAUGUUCAGUGUGAGCCAAUCAACUGUGAGCUACAUAAUUAUAACUUGGGCAAACUAUUUGUAUCAGGUCCUGGGGGCACAGCCGAUGUGGAUGUCUAGACGACAGGUCCAAGCAACUAUGCCUGAAAAGUUCAGACAAUACUGCCUCGAUGUGAGGGUCAUUAUUGACUGCACGAAAGUCCACUGUGAGACCCCAUCUGCCCCGACACAUCAGUCAGAGCCAUUCUCCAGCUACAAGAACAGCAACACAUUCAAAAGUUUGAUUGGCAUUGCUCCAUGUGGAGUUAUCACCUUUGUGUCAAAGCUGUACACUGACUUUAUUUCAGAUAAAGAAAUCACUGAAAAAUCUAACCUGAUCAGUUUUCUUCAGCCUGGAGAUGAAGUCGUGGCUCACGAGGGCUUCAUAAUUCAUGACCUUUUGGCUAAAGUUGGCGCCAAGUUGACCACUCCCCCUUUUGAGAAUGCCUCCCACCUGAGCACAGAAGAUGCACUAAAGACACAGGCCAUGGCUCACCUUCGGGUGUUGGUUGAGAAGGCAAUCCGAAGAGUGAAGGAGUAUCACAUCUGGGACAGAGUUGUGCCUCUCUCCUUGUCUGGGACUGUCAACCAGUUGUGGACCAUUUGCUGCCUGCUGACUCACUACCAAAGCCCUUUGGACACCUCCAAUGACAUGGCACUUUGAUUUCCCUUUUAAUAUUUAUUGUAUGAAUUAAGUUGUAAUUAAAGCACUUAUUCAAUAGAAAUUACAAUUUGAAGAAUGCAGAGGAGUUUUUUUUUUUUUUAAUAGUAUGUUGAAAUAUUUGUAGAUAACAAAAAAAGCUUUUGGACGUUUAAUUUAUUUCUAUUUACUUGUACACAUUUAUAUAAAUAUUUGACACCAGC